AUGGAUCGACAUGAACAAAGGUUAGUCAACAUUUUUUUAUUUGCGUUUUUUUGGCUUACAUAAAAAACUCCAUUUUUUCAGUUGCUCUGAUCUACCAGAUAUUCCAAAAGUUCCAUUAAAAAAAUAUCGAAGUCUGGCAAAAAAUCAGUGUCCAGCACUUUGCCUUGUUUGUAGAAAUCCAGCUGUUGGUUAUCAUUAUGAUGUGAGUUUUGAAAAAAAAAAUGAAAACCAAAGGUCAUUGAAGAGAUAAUUUUUGAGCACGAGCAAAUUUUCUAUUUGUUUGUUCAGCAAAAUUUUUGAUCUACACUUUUAACAUGUUGAAUUAGCUCCUUUUGAAAAGGAUUUGAAAUUUGAUUAGCUUUGAAAUGACAUGCGGAUUACUGUACUUCAAAAGUUCAAAAUUCACUUUUGUUACAUUUUUAUUAUUUGUUUGGUCUCCUUUUUCUCGAAUUUUUCUUUUUAAAAAGAAAAGGUCAAACACGAAUGCUCAAAACUUCAUCCAAACCACAAAUAUAUUUUCAUUGGGCGAUUUUAGGUGGCUUCUUGUAAUGGUUGUAAAACAUUCUUUCGCCGAACAAUAAUACUUGGAAAACAAUACUCAUGCCCAAAAUCAAAUGAUUGUCUGAAUCCAUCAAUUAUUCUUGAUCCAUCAAAAAGAAUUUGUCGAAGAUGUCGAUUCGAUAAAUGUGUGGAAUCUGGAAUGAAUCCACUCGCAAUUCAAGCAGAAGUUAAAAGUGAGAAAGGAAAAGAAAUGCAAGUUGAAAUUGCAAAAAAUAAUCGAGUUGGUCCAAGUUUACAAAACAUGGAAGAUCGAAUCAAUGGAAUAAUCGAGGAAUUGAUGAGAAUCGAAACAAAUGUGGAAGCUUUGAAUAAUUCUGGAUUACCUAUUGGAUUUAGAGAUAUGCGAUCCUUGAGACAAAUUAUUCUUAUUCCACCAUGUUUUGAUAUUCGAGAUCAUCUUCGAAAUCUUAUUUAUAUUCAACCAAGAUGUGAUCCAAUCACUGGAAUGUAAGUGACUAAGCAACAUCUAUUGAUUUAAAAAAAAUGAUAUUUCAGACCAUUAAAACCAAUGUGGUCAACAUUUACUCAUACUUCUUAUUUGGCUUCGAUUGAAUAUUCAAAAAGUUUUGAUUUUUAUUUUUCAAUGGAUGAUGAAAGUAAAGAAGUUCUCGUAAAACAUUCAACACUCAUAAUUUCGAAUAUUUUCAACGCGUUUUACACAAUGAACACACAAAAAUCAGAUGAAUUAUUACAUCCAGAUGGAAGUUUAGCAGGACCUGCAUUGAAAAAGUAAAAAAAAAUCUUCGUUAGUUUAUAUAAUCUCCAAUUUUUUAUUUUCAGUGAUAAAGGUGUCCAAAUCUUGAAUACAAUUCAAAGAACUUUGAUAGCACUUUUACGAAACAAAUUGGAUCGAAUCGAAUAUGUUCUACUGAAGGCUAUUAUAAUUUGUAAUCCGGCAAUUCCUGGAUUAUCAAAACAUAGUCAAAUUCUUAUCGAAAAAUGUCGAAUGCAAUACACUCAAUCGCUUUUUAUUUAUUGCCGUCUUCAACAUGGGAAUCUAAAUGGACCAGCAAGAUUUUCAGCUCUAAUUGCAACUACAUCAGUGUUUGAGAAUCAACAAAAAGACCAGAAAGAUUUCUAUAUUUAUAUGAAAGCAAUGAACUAUAGAAGAUAUCAACCAUUUUUAGAAGAUCCUCAAUCUUGGGUUCACGAUGAAAAAGGAACUAAAAUAUUCGAUGAAAUUAUGGAAGGAUAA